AUGGUGAACUUUGAGACCUUUGCCAACGUCGUUGACGGCGAGCGCAAGUUGACGGAGGCAACGCGCACAGGCAUCAACCCCGCCACUCUUGAGCCCCUCGCUCCCGUUCCCGUCUCCAGCCCAGCGGACGUUGACGCCGCCGUUGAAGCCGCCGCGCGGGGAGCCGCUGCGUGGGCCAAGGCGUCGCUCGAGGAGCGCCGCGAGGCCGUCAACAAGUAUGCCGACAAGCUGGCCGAGCUCGCGAACGAGUUUGCCGCCCUCCUCACCAAGGAGCAGGGCAAGCCUACCGCCGCGGCCCUGUUUGAGGUCCAGCAGGCUGUUGGCACGCUCAAGGGCGUUGCUCAGUUGCCGUUCGGUGACGAGGUUGUCGAGGACAGCGACAAGAACCGCAUCGUGACGAGAUAUGUCCCCAUUGGUGUCUCCGUGGGCAUUGUCCCCUGGAACUCGACCUUCAAGCUCGGCCCUGCCCUCGUCACCGGCAAUGCCAUCAUCCUGAAGCCUUCCCCGUUCACACCCUACUGCGGCCUCAAGCUCGCCGAGAUCGCCCAGGAGUUCUUCCCGCCCGGUGUCGUGCAGGCCCUGAGCGGCGACGACAACCUCGGCCCCUGGCUGACGGCGCACCCCGGUAUCCAGAAGGUCAGCUUCACGGGCUCGACGCCGACUGGUAUCCGCGUCAUGCAGAGCUGCGCCAAGACGCUGAAGCGCCUCACUCUGGAGUUGGGCGGCAACGAUGCGGCCAUUAUCUGCUCUGACGUUGACGUUGCGGCUGUCGCGCCGGCGAUCACAACGCUGGCCCUCUACAACUCUGGUCAGGUCUGCAUUGCCAUCAAGCGCAUCUACGUCCACUCGAGCAUCUACCCGCAGUUCCUCGACGCCAUGGUCGCCUUUGCCAAGACCAUGACCGUCGGCGACGGCUCCGCCAGCGACACGGUGCUCGGCCCCGUCCAGAACAGCAUGCAGUACGAGCGCGUCAAGGCGCUGAUCGCGUCGAUCGAGGCCGAGAAGCUCAACGUUGCCUUUGGCGACGUCAAGGUCACCGCCGCCCAGGACAAGGGCUACUUCAUCAGCCCCGUCAUUGUCAGCAACCCGCCCGACGACGCCAAGAUUGUCGUCGAGGAGCCCUUUGGCCCCGUGUUCCCCGUGCUGCAGUGGACCGACGAGGAGGACGUCAUCCGCCGCGCCAACAACACGGAAAUGGGUCUCGGCGCGUCCGUCUGGACGAGGGACCAGGCGCAGGCGGACCGCGUGUCGAGGCAGCUCCAGGCCGGCACCGUGUGGAUCAACACGCACCUCGAGCUGCGGCCCGACGCCGCCUUUGGCGGCCACAAGCUCAGCGGCGUCGGCAGCGAGCUCGGCGUCAACGGUCUCAAGUCGUUCUGCAACAUCCAGACCAUUCACCAGAAGCUGGCUUGA